AUUUCAAUUACUGGAGAUCCCCUGGCUGUCUCGUAUUGACCUCCUCAAUCACUCAACAUGUGGGUAAAAGUUGCAGCACUCGCACUUCUUGUGUGCGCAGUCACAGGAUCUCAGGCAGAAGUCAGCACUGACCAGGUAUCUGAUGCUUUCUGGAAAUACUUCACUCAGCUGACCACUGGCACAAAGGACACUGUAGAUCAGAUCCAACAAUCUGACAUCAGCAAACAGCUAAACACUUUAAUUGAAGAAAACCUCAAGAGCGUAAAUGUGUAUGCAGGGGAACUACAGAAACAACUCAUUCCUUUUGCCAAGCAGAUACAGGAGAAAUUAACACAGGACCCAGAAAAAGUAAGAGAACAAAUUACAACUGAAUUGGAGAGGCUGAAAGUGAAGAUCUCCCCAUAUGCAGAUGAGUUGCACAAGCACCUGAGCAAUAAUGUCAAAGAACUUCAGAUUAAACUGGCUCCAUAUGCAGAAGAGUUCCAAACCAAACUGGACAAAAAUGCCCAGGAAUUCAGCCAACAGCUAAAGUCUGUGACCAAUGACCUGGAAGCUAAGUUUAAAGAAAAUGCAGACCACAUACAGGCAGCACUGGCCACAUACUCACAAGAGUUUCAGGUCAAGGUAGAUGAGAAUAUGGAUCAAUUGAGGAAGCAGGUGACACCGAUCACAGGAAAAGUAAAAGAAAACAUUGAUCAGCAAAUACAGGAGCUGUAUAAAAGUCUGAAUCCCUAUGCAGAGGAUGUUCAAGAUGAGCUGAAAAAACAGAUCCAGAACAUGGAGUUCCAAAUGAGAAAAAAUGUGGAUGAGCUGGAGAACAGAGCUCUGGAGCUCACGGUACAACUCAGAGAACAACUCUACCCUUAUGCCAAUGAGUUAAGAAACAAGGUCAAUGGAGAUAUGGCAAAUGUCAAACAGAUGCUGGAACCCUAUCUGACCCAAGUAAACCAGCAAAUUGACCAGAAAAUUACAGAAUUUAAAGGCACAAUUACACCUGAAGUGGAGGCUCUCAACAAGGCUCUGGUACAGAGAGUAGAGGACAUGAAGAAGAAGUUGGGAGAGUACACUGUGACUAUGCAAGAUCAGGUGGAGUACAUACAGAAAGAUGUUCGGGACAAAAUCCAUGAAUUCAUAAAUCAGGGUGUUUCUAAUGAAAACUGAGUUUUCCUAUUUUCUGAAUAGCAAUAUCGGAAAUAAUACCUACACAGCACUACACACAAAAUGUGCUGUUCUUCAUCAAGAAUCCCAUAAAAUAUUUCUACAACUUUCCACCCAAUACAUUUACACUCAGCACUAUCUGUAGCAUGUAUUUAUAAUGUUCUCUCAGCAAUCCUCGAUUCUUCCUCAGUAUUAUUUGCCUAACACAUUAUCUGUAGAUUUUCAAGGAAUACUGAACUGCACUUACCGAUAUUUCCAUAGCUGAGCACAUUAAUGAUGCUGAAAUUCAGCUUGUAAGUUCCAACAUUCUCUGAAAUAAAAUAUGAAAACAAUUACCACACUUACCAACAAACCAACAAUGAUGACAUUUUUUUAAAACAACGGCCAGGAUUCACAAUGAUUCCUUUUUAUAGAUUGCAUUAAACAUCUGAAUGCAGUUUUGUAAAAACAAAAACAAAAAACAAUAAAAAUGUACAGAAAAUGUUCCUUUCUGCUUUUAAUGUUUAGGAUAUAGAUAUAUAUACAGAAGGCAAUAUGAAGGAUAGUAUUAAAAAUGUAAAUGUACACUGUGAAGUCUGUUAAAUAAAAAGCAACUUGGCAAUG